CUUCCCCCGUGAUGGCGGAGGACAGCGAGUCUGCGGCCAGCCAGCAGAGCCUGGAGCUGGAUGACCAGGACACCUGCGGCAUCGACGGCGACAAUGAGGAGGAGACCGAGCACGCCAAGGGAAGUCCUGGAGGGGAUUUGGGAGCUAAAAAGAAGAAAAAGAAACAGAAGAGAAAAAAGGAGAAACCAAACUCCGGUGGCACCAAAUCAGAUUCUGCAUCUGACUCCCAGGAGAUUAAAAUUCAACAGCCUUCAAAAAAUCCAGCCAUUCCAAUGCAGAAGCUGCAAGACAUUCAGAGAGCUAUGGAGCUGCUCUCUGCAUGCCAGGGACCAGCAAAAAACAUUGAUGAAGCAACCAAACGUAAAUACCAGUUUUGGGAUACGCAACCUGUACCCAAACUUAAUGAAGUUAUAACUUCUCAUGGUGCAAUUGAACCAGAUAAGGACAAUGUCCGCCUAGAGCCAUACUCUUUGCCACAGGGUUUUAUGUGGGACACUUUGGACCUGAGCAAUGCUGAAGUUCUAAAGGAACUGUACACAUUAUUAAAUGAGAAUUACGUAGAAGAUGAUGAUAACAUGUUUAGGUUUGACUACUCACCUGAGUUUCUUAUGUGGGCACUACGUCCUCCAGGCUGGCUACCCCAAUGGCACUGUGGAGUUAGAGUAUCGUCAAACAAAAAAUUGGUAGGGUUCAUAAGCGCCAUCCCUGCACACAUUCGGAUUUAUGACAGUGUGAAGAAAAUGGUAGAAAUCAAUUUUCUUUGUGUCCACAAGAAAUUGAGAUCUAAACGAGUAGCACCUGUACUGAUUCGGGAAAUAACCAGAAGAGUAAACCUGGAAGGGAUUUUUCAGGCAGUUUACACUGCAGGAGUGGUACUCCCCAAGCCUGUGGCCACAUGCAGGUACUGGCAUCGAUCGCUGAACCCCAGAAAAUUGGUAGAGGUGAAAUUUUCACAUUUGAGUAGAAAUAUGACUUUACAAAGAACAAUGAAGCUCUACAGACUUCCCGAUGCCACAAAGACUUCAGGUUUGAGACCAAUGGAACAAAAAGACAUUAAAGCAGUGCAAGAACUGAUCAACAGUUACUUGAAGCAAUUUAAUCUUGCUCCUGUAAUGGAUGAAGAAGAGGUAGCCCACUGGUUCCUGCCUCAGGAUCAUAUUAUUGACACCUUUGUAGUUGAGAGUUCAAAUGGUAUUUUAACCGAUUUCCUGAGUUUCUACACGUUACCUUCAACAGUUAUGCACCACCCUGUUCAUAAAAGCCUCAAAGCUGCCUAUUCCUUCUACAAUAUUCAUACAGAGACUCCUCUCUUGGAUUUAAUGAAUGAUGCACUCAUUAUAGCUAAAUUGAAAGGAUUUGAUGUGUUCAAUGCACUAGACUUGAUGGAAAACAAAACAUUCCUGGAAAAACUCAAGUUUGGGAUAGGAGAUGGGAACUUGCAGUAUUAUUUGUACAACUGGCGGUGUCCUGGCAUGGAAUCUGAAAAGGUUGGCCUUGUAUUACAAUAA